AUGAGUAACUUUCUUUCUUUUCUUGUGAUUUGGAUAUUUUUCCCUAAAUUCAAUUUAUGUCAUUCUGAAUUUGAGAGAGCCAAUGGACUCCCUUUACUCACAAUCAACAGCAGAUUCAAAGUGUUGGAUACAGGCUUAAAGAUAAUCAAUAUUAGUCAUGGUGAUGAAGGCAACUACACAUGUACGGCUGUUAAUGAUGCUGGAAAUCAGUCAGUCAGUGGAGUUCUUACGGUGGAAUCUGGUCCCCAUUUUGUGUCAUUUCCACAAAAUACUGUCACGCAAAUGGGUCAUUCAGUGAUAUUUGUUUGUGAUGCUGUUGGUGACCCAAAGCCAAGGAUUACAUGGACUUUUAAUGAUUCAUUUUCUCUGCCCCUUUCGGUGAAUAAGUCUAGAGAUGGCCACAGACUCUACAUUGAUUCUAUGUCUUGGAAAGAAGUUGGAAAGUACACUUGCUUUGCAGAGAAUUUGCGUAGCAUCAAAAACAAAACGGCUUACUUGUUUUUGCAAGGUAAGCAAAGAAUGCAGUGA